ACGACGUCCGAGAUCGAUCCUUGUUGUUGGAGACCAGGCCGACCUCUGUCCACCAUCGCUACACACCACUCUAUCGUCUCCUCGAAAUGGCCCGCUCCAACCCCCUCCUCCCCCCUCUGACGGGCCGCCCAAGCGCCUUCAUCGCCAACUCGCCCCUCGAGGAGGCCCACCUCUACCACCAGCACCCGACGAUCGCCGUCGCCGCGCGCGUUACCCUCCAGUCGGCUGGUGUCGGUCUCCUCGUCAGCGCCGUCCAGAAUGCCCUCGACAAGCACGACCGUGGAGCGAUGGGUGUUGUGACCAGGACUGGCGGUACCAUUGGCUUCUUUGCCGCUAUGGGCUUCGCCUUCUCGUUCACCCAGUCGUUCGUCGCCAACACUCGCGAGACCGAUGACGCCCUGAACGGUGCUGCUGGAGGCUGCGCUGCUGGCUUCAUCGCUGGUGUCCGCGCUCGCUCGCUCCCCGUCGCCUUUGGCGCCUGCGCCGGUAUGGCCACCCUCAUCGGCACCUUCCAGGCCGCCGGAAACGCCCUCACCGGUACCGACCGUCAAGCUACUCCCCGGCCCGAGCGGGAAGAAAGGCGACUCCGCUUCUUCAAGCAGCCCAAGGCUGAGGAGGAGACUGCAUAAACAAACACACAGCCAAAUGUGCAUCACAUGAGUAGACUAGGGAUAUGAAGACCUUCAGAUCGAA